AUGUCAACUAAUACAAAAAUAUUAAAUACGCAUAAAUUUAUAACUGAAGACUAUAGUCAGUCUUUAGACGUAUGGGAAAUUGGUAUUUAUUUUUCUUUAAUUUGUUUAUUUAGCAAACUGUACUCACAGUUCUUAUCUGACUCCUUCUGGUCUUUUCCUGAUUUCAGAAUCCUAGAUGAGGAUCAGCUUCGGACAGAAUGCUUUGUCAACAUGGACAUUCCUAGUAAAACUUUAUCCGAUUUAGUAAGGCAAACUGGUGCUACAAGUCCUAUUAGUCCAAAAUUACAGGCCAUUAUGGAAUGUAUGGAAUAUUUAGGAUAUGAAACAAAGAAAAAUUUGACACCAUAUCAUCCGAAAUUGGUUUAUCUGCUGAGCGGGAAGUCUUAAUUUUAUUACACAUGUACAACGCUUUUAACAAUAAAAUGAAUUCUUUGUUAUUGUUCUUAAUUUGUUCAUUGUAAAUUUAAAUGAAUGUUUUGUAUAUUAUCUCUAUUAAUAAAUAUAUAUAUAUACUGUAAGUUAUAUACAUCAAU